UCUGAUGUCUUCACCUGAGGGGUGCAUACAUUAAAAAAUGUCUAGUUGUUUUUAAUACACCUCGUCAUAUUUCCCUCCCCUGUUCCUUUGAGUAAUGGAACAUUCCAAUAAGGGGAAUUCCCCUUCCCUAACACCCCUGCGCUACAUAUAGGUGCUUUCCACACCUACUGGGACUUCCUCUUCCUUUUGCCUCUAGUCUGAGGGUUGGAUGUGUGGUUGCACAUGGUCGAUGCAACUGUUUUUCACUCCAGUGUCGAGUACAACACAGACCUGACAACACUUAAUUAACAUUUGCAGGAAAGAAUCAAGAAACACAAUUUGAUCAUAUAAAAGAAAAGUACAUCUAUUGAAAUAGGUAGCCAUGGCAAAGUCAGACAUCAAAUUGUCUGCGGUAGCGGAAGAGUUUCGGGAACUAGACCUUAUCUUCAAAAGUGACUGUGAUCUGGAUGUUGUAGAGAGGGGAUACGGACGCAAGUUGAUUGAUGCCAUAGGUAGUCAAAACGAAGUCUUGGAGUGUGAAGCUUUGAAAAGUCUUGGAGAUUUGUAUCUCCACAAAGCCAAGAUGAAGAGGCAUAAAGCGGAGUAUUUUACGGGCGCUUGUGCGUUAUACAACGAAGUCUUACGAUUCUACAAAAUCGAUGACGAGAGAGAAAUUGUACAACAUCGCGUCAAAUACGCAGAGAAAUGCACAAAACUUGUAUACGAUGAGGAGGGCUUGAAACUAAGGACUGAUAAUCUAGCUAAUACAACAUUGGCUGUAUCGGUGGUCCUUCACGAAGUCAAAGAGAAAGCUAAGAACAAAGGCCAUGGCACUAUGCCUUUGAUUGAGAGUUAUACCAAGUCCUUAGUAACAGCGAUCAUAGAAAGAAAUAAAUGCCUGGAAAUAGAAUCCUUGAAGAGUCUUGGCGAUCUGUACCUAGAGAAGGGGAGGGUUGGCAGGGACGAGGCGGCAUUCACAAAGUCAGCCGGUCUGUACCGAGCGGCGCUGGACCGCUGUGAAGAUUCAGACGGCAGAGAAACACUGAAGCACCGCAUCAAGUACGCCGAGGAAGUCAAGGAAAAACUGGCUAAGGUAACAAAGGAAGACAUUUUGGUUACAUUAUACUCUUUUGUUUUUCCACAUACAUAAGGUCUACAGAUAUUGAUGUUAAGCGGAUAAAAUUCACUACAAAAUGUAAUGUCAUUCAAGGUUUUUUUAUUGUAAUUUGCAUGUAUGCUAAAUACAUGGUUGCUCAUGUAUUUUAUUCACAUUUUAUCAAAAAGUUGUUUUGCCUGUACACAAAGUUUUCUUACCUUUCCUUUCGGCGCAAAAGGCUAUGAAACGCCUAGAAACCGGGCGAAGCCAGGAACAGAAAGUUGGGAUUGACAACCUGCUGACGUCACCUGUCAUGCCGUACAACGAACACCUGCAGGAGGGCUGCAGGGCCCUGCAGACAGGACAUCUGGACAGGGCGGAACUGAGCUGUGCUGCUGCACUCAAGGUUGUACAUCUGCAGGGUGAGUCUUGGAAAUUACACGUCUCGAGAAGAUUGAUUUCUGAGAGCAUCAACACUUUUAUUAGCAAAGACCUUAGUGUAGCGUAUUAGUAAUAUCAUCAAGUAUUAUUCUUGAUAUCAUUCAUGUGUACUGAAAAUCACUUAAGAGUAAUUUAGACUGAAAAAUAGAUUCACAGCCUGGCAAUAUAAAGAAGAAACAUAACUUGCUGAAAAUAUAUAUCUGAACUUAACCAAAUGCAGGUGAGCACCGGAAAGAGGUAAAACCCCUAUGCAAGUUGAGCGAUAUCUACUUGGCGAGAGGGACGCAGUCGAAAGACGGAGGAGAUUUCACCAAGGCUGCAGCACUAUGUAAUGCAGCACUGGUCAGAGCAGGUAGAGAAAACAGAGAAGACAUCGAACAAACGACCCAGACGAUAACCCAAUCAUUUGUUAAGCACGUCUUAAAUAUACAACAUACGGUACCCGCCGAUAACGUCGAGAAACACAAAUUGACACUGAAGGAACACCGAGCUUAUGUGGAGCAGGAGAUCAACAGAAUUGAGGACCAGAUUGAUCCUUACUGCCUUGAUGAUGAUGACCCCCAAACAAAAGAAGUGGAGGAAAACAGAGUAGAGGCAAUCAAAGGAAUGUUUGACACUAUUGUCCAUCAGCGACGAACGUUCAUAGCUUCCCUAGUAGAUGAAUGCGUGGAUGUAAUGGGUCCCCCUCCCUGUAAGUACGCCAUGAUAGGCUUGGGUUCACAAGCAACGGGGUUAGUAACCCCAUACUCAGAUCUGGAGUUUGCCAUGUUGAUAGAGAAGGAGACGGAAAACAAUGUAAAAUACUUUCACAAUCUCACGCAUUACCUUCAUCUGAAAGUGAUCAAUCUUGGGGAAACCAUCCUUCCGGCCAUGGCUAUCAAGUCUCUCAACAAUUUUGAGUCGAACACGCUAGACAGCUGGUUCUACGACUCUGUAACACCGCGCGGGCUUGCGUUUGAUGGAGCCAUGCCGCAUGCGUGUAAAACACCUUUAGGCAGAGGUAAGAUGUGUCAUCUCAUCCGCACACCACGUGACAUGGUCCAGAUUCUUGAAGACGACGUGACGCUUCAUUUGAAGAAAGGUUACCACCUAGCGACGGUGUUGGGAAGCGUCUCUUUGAUUACUGGAGAACAACACCUGGUCGAUGACUAUAUGGCUAUAUGGUAUCAUCAGCUAAAGAAAAGUGGAAGAAACUUUGCUAGCCUAGUAGCGAAAACUAUGUUGAUGGAAAAUAGUCAAACGUUAUUAAGGCAGGAUCUAACUGACAGAAUACUGGAUGUAAAGAAAAACAUGUAUCGAUUUUCAAGUCUUGCGGUGUCUUGUUUGGCACACAUUUUCGAUAUACAGCCAACCACUAUUUGGGACACUAUUCAGAAGAUGCGCAAGACGGAAGACAUUAACGAUGAGAACGAACACCACUUGAUGGUGUUGGUCAGCAUCUCAGCGGAACUGAGGCUUCGAACGUACAUGAACAAUCGUGGUCAGGUGGAGAACAUGUCAGCAUUAUCGUCAAUGUCGGCUAAUUCAGACAUAGAGGAAACAUCAAAGAUCUUUUACAUCUCGAACACGAGACAGCUCAUGAGAUACUACUAUACAGCGACACCAUUGAAGUAUUUCUUCUCACGUUUAGCCAAUGGUAAAUCACUCACAGAGCCGUUGAUUCUGUUUGACAAGUCAUUCAAACUGCAAGCAGAGGUAUACAAAAGCCUGUGUGACAAUGAGAAAUGGAAAGCUUUCACGGAACGGGCACUGCAAGAAGAGCGAUGUAAAUAUGGAAAGGAUGCUAUACAUCAUGACAUCGCCGAUUUGCUCAACAAUGUGGGUCUGGCAUGUAAGAGUCUUGGAGAUACAGGAAAGGCCAUCAGCUACUAUCAACAGUCACUACAGAUGGUUCGAAAAAUCCAUGGUGCAAGCUUUGCAAACACUGACACUGCCGCAUCACUUAACAACUUGGGCCUCGCCUGGGGCGACCUUGGCGAACAUAGAAAGGCAGUCAGCUGCCAUGAACAGUCACUACAGAUGAGGCGAGUUAUCUACAAACAGGAUACUGGCCACUUUGACAUAGCCUCGUCCCUUCACAACUUGGCUGUCGCCUGGAGUGAACUUGGUGAAUACGGAAAGGCAUUGAGUUAUCAUGAGCAGUCACUUCAGAUGAUGCGGAGUAUCUAUGGCGAGAACAGUAGGCAUUCUGACAUCGCCAUUUCAAUAAUCGGCUUGGGUAACGCCUGGGAUAGCCUCGGUGAUCAGAGAAAGGCCGUGAGCUAUUACGAACAGGCACUCCAGAUGAUGCGGCAUAGCUAUGGUGAGAAUACUGCACAUCCUAAUAUUGCAGGGUGUCUUAACAGCUUAGGUAUAGCCUUGAAUAAACUUGGUGAUCACAGAAAGGCCAUCGACUGUUUGAAACAGGCACUACUGAUCAGUCGGAGAAUCCACGGGGAGAGUGCUUCUCAUGCCGACAUUGCUAUGUCACUUGAUCACUUGGGUACCGUUUGGAAGAGCAUGGGUGAUUAUAGAAGAUCCGUCAAGUACUAUGAACAGUCACUACAGAUGCGGCAGAGUAUCCAUGGUGAGGGUACUGAGCAUCCUAACAUUGCCUCGUCACUUAACAACUUGGGUACCGCCUGGGGUGACCUUGGUGAUCACAGAAAGGCUGUCGGCUAUCAUGAACAGUCACUACAGAUGAGGAGGAGUAUCUAUGGUGAGAGAACUGCACACUCCGACAUUGCUGCGUCCCUAACCACCCUGGGUAACGCCUGGCGUGGCCUUGGCAAUCACCGAAAGGCUAUUAUCUACUACGAACAGUCACUACAGAUGAGGAGGAGUAUAUAUGGUGAGAUCACAGCACACCCAGACAUUGCUGCGUCACUUAGCAACUUGGGUAUCAUCUGGAAUGGCCUUGGUGAUCACAGAAAAGCUAUCAGCUAUUAUGAGCAGGCACUACAGAUGACGCAGAGCAUCCGUGGUGAGAGCACUGCCCAUCCUGACAUCGCCAUCAUACUUAACAACCUGGGUACCGCCUGGAAUCACCUUGGAGAUUACAGUGAGGGAGUCAGCUAUCUUGAAAAGGCACUACAGAUAAGGCGUAGUAUCCAUGGUGAAAACACUGCGCAUCCUGACAUCGCCGAUUCACUCAAUAAUUUGGGUGCUGCCUGGAGUAACCUUGGGAAUGACAGAAAAGCCGUCGGCUACUCUGAACAGUCACUACAGAUGAGGCAGAGUAUUUAUGGUGUGGGCACUGUACAUCCUGACGUCGCCAGGUCAUUUGGAAACUUGGGAAACGCAUGGAGUCACCUUGGUGACCACAGAAAGGCCGUCAGGUAUUUUGAACAGUCACUACAGAUGAUGUGGAGAAUCCAUGGUGAGAACACUGCACAUCCUGAUAUUGCCACGUCACUUAAUAACUUAGGUAUCGAAUGGGGUCAACUUGGAGAUUACAGAAAGGCCAUCAGUUACUUCGAAAAGGCACUACGGAUUAGGUGGGCUAUCUACGGUGAGGGAACUGCACAUCCUUUCAUCGCCAACUCACUUAACAACCUGGGUGCCGCCUGGAGUCAGCUUGGUGAGCACAGAAAGUCCGUGAUUUAUUACGAGCAGUCACUAGAGAUGACGCGGAGUAUCUACGGCGACAACACUGCACAUUCAAACGUUGCCAAGUCACUCAACAACUUCGGUAACGCAUGGGUGAACGUUGGUGAUUACAGAAAAGCCAUCGGCUAUUACGAACAGUCGCUGCAGACAAUGAGGAAAAUCCACGGUGAGACCACUGCACAUCCUAACAUUGCUACGUCACUCAAUAAUUUAGGUGUCACAUGGAGUAAACUUGGCAACCGUUUCAAGGCAUCGAGCUAUCUUGCAGAGGCUGCACUGAUGAAGCAGAAGAUCGAAUGUUUCAAGAUUUAACAUUGUCAACAUUAUAUCGAUCUGAAAUGAUUUCGAUUACAGGAGCGCUUGUGCUAACCUGAUUAAACCGCGCUUAUAGCGGCCCGCCCAAUAUUGCGGCCCCCUGUGGGAAGGAACCAGUUACAGCCCCGGACAACGGAGUAUGCAUUACACAGACUAGGCUUGUACGAAGCGAUGAGUAAUUAUUGUCA